CCGGGCAGGCGGCUCGUUCCGCCCCUGCUCUGUUGAAACUGGAUGAAGAAAAAGAAUGGAUAUGGGUAACCAACAUCCCUCCAUUAAAAGGUUACAAGAAAUACAGAAAGAAGUCAGAGAUUUAGAACCACAAGUAGCAGCCUUCAGUGGUCUAUCUGGUGACAGAGCUUACAAGAAACUAGAGAGGACUUUGACCAAACAGCUUUUUGAAAUAGAUUCAGUGGACACGGAAGGCCGAGGGGAUGUUCAACAAGCCAGAAAGCGAGGUGCCCAGGAAAUUGAGAGACUGCUUAAAGAACUGGAGCAGAAUGCAAACCAUCCCCAGAGGCUGGAGAUAGCGUCUAUAUUCACAGAAGCACAAGCAUUGGUAGAGCACGAGAUCACAGGUUUUUACAAAGGAGGCAACUGCAUAACUGAGGAAUUUGACGAGGGUAUUCAGGAUAUCAUCUUUAGGCUCACUCAGGUGAAAACUGAAGGGAAAACCUCUUUACGGAAAGCCAGGUACCGCACUCUGACCAAAGUCUGUGCUGUUCAAGAGAUCAUAGAUAACUGUGCGAAGCAGCAGCCUUCUUUGCCACUGUCCACCAAUGCACAUCCUUCUGUUGCUAAGAUUAACUCUGUCAUGUGUGAAGUAAACAAAGCGAAAGGGACCCUUAUUGCUGUUCUGAUGGGAGUGAACAACAAUGAGACCUGCAGGCAUCUGUCUUGUGUGCUGAUAGGCCUGAUCGCGGAUCUAGAUGCCUUAGACGUAUACGGCCACCCAGAAAUAAGGAACUAUCGCAGAGAAGUCGUGGAAGAGAUCAACAAACUGCAAAGAUACCUAGAUCUGGAAGAAGAAGCCGAUUCCACUUACGCCUACGACCUGGCGCAAAAUGGGUGCAUUGUAAAGAUAGAGGAGAUCCGCAAGAAGAUGAAGGAGAUACUUUCCUCCUUUUUGAAAGGAGAGAGAGCCGUGGACUUGUACUUGAAGUCCAAGACGGAGCUGCAGGGGUUAAUCGCUGAGCUGGAUGAGGUGAGCCCAGGCAAAAACCCCUGCAUCCGAGAAGCCAGGAGGCGAGCGGUGAUCGAAGUGCAAACCCUCAUCACGUACAUUGACCUGAAAGAAGCACUUGUCCGGCGGCAGGUGUUCGUUCAGCAGGAGGAACCGGAGCCGCCAUCGCACAGAGCUGUUUGGGACAUUCUCGGGACCUUGUCCCAGAUUCUUCAGGAGGUGAUGUCCUUUGACGGGAACAGGAUGGACAAGAACUACAUGAGGCUGGAGGAGCUGCUCACGAAGCAGCUCCUGGCCCUCGACGCCAUAGACCCGCUAGGAGACGAGCGCUCGAAAGCUGCCCGGAAACAGGCGGUGAAGCUGGCGCAGAAUAUUCUUUACUACCUAGACAUGAAAACAGACCAAUGGGAGUACUAAAAUAGCUGAGGUCUCGUGCAAGACUUUGCUGCCA